AUGCCCUCCACCGAAGCCGACGCCGCCACCUACGCCACCACCUCCACCACCGACUUCUACGACCUCCUCUCCAUCCCCACCACCGAGACCUCCCCCUCCGCCCUCCGCAAAGCCUUCCGCAAACAAUCCCUCAAAUGGCACCCGGACAAGAACCCGGACCCCUCCGCAGCAGAGACCUUCCACCUGCUCACCAUCGCCUACGACGUCCUCUCCGACCCCGGUACGCGCGCCGCCUACGACGCCGCGCGCACCGCCCGCCAGGCGCGGAAGCGCCGCACCGCGGCGUUCGACGUCGACCGCCGCCGCAUGAAGGAGGACCUGGAGAGCCGCGAGCGCGGCGCGAAGCGCGCGAGAACGGAGGUCGAGGAGGCCGAGGAGGCGUUUGAGCAGAUGCUGGGGAAGCUGCAGAAGGAGGGGGCGGAGCUGCGGCGGCGCCGCGAGGAGGCGCUGAGGGCUGCGGCGAAGGAGGAGGAGGAGGAGGCGGCGGCGGCGGCGGCGGGAGUGGGGGAGCCGACACGGUUUACGGAGCUUGAUAGGACGCUGAAGGUUAGGUGGAAGCGGCGCGGGGGUAAGGACGAGGAGAUGACGGCGCGGCGCAUCGAGGCGCUGUUCGGCCGCUUUGGCGAUGUGCAGGACGUUGUUGUCCCGCCGGUGACGGCGCCGAAGGAGGGCGAGAAGGAGAAGAAGUUCCGGACGGCGCUCGUCGUGUUUGUGUCUAUUGUUGCGGCGCACGCCGCUGUCUGUGAGGCCGCCGCCUCCGGGAGCCGCGGGGAGCUGGCGGUGUUUAAGGAUGUCACGUGGGCGGGCGGGAAGGAGCCGGAUCUGACGCAUGAGCCGGCGGCGGCGGCGGAGAAGAAGGUUGAGCCGCCGAAGGCGAAGCCGAGGUUUGCGUCGUUUGGGGGAGGGGGUGGAGGAGGAGCGGCGGCGGCGGCGGGGGUGCAGGGGACGGAUUAUGAGAGUAUUACGUUGAUGCGCAUGAGGGCGGCGGAGAAGGCGAGGAUUGAGGCCGAGAUACGGAGGCAGGAUGAGGAGGCGGAGGCUGCUGAGGCAUCGUAG